AUGGCGGGACUUAUCGGAAAACGACCGCCGCUCGACGGCAGAGGGCAGUGCGACCACCAGCGGGAAUCUGUUGCUGCUCAGUUCACGGCGCGCGGCCUGCCGGUUGACAUCGGAUCGCGAGAGAGAGCGAGAGGAUUUGCUUUUGUCCCCUUCAAUGAGGAGCUGAGGGUUUACUUCCUGUGUGUCGCCGCUUCUCAAGGCGAAAGUUCCGACCGCAAAGUUACGAAACCGAUAUCUGAAAAUCCGGUGAUGAUGUCGCACGGCGAACCUCCAGCCGAAGGAGUGAAUUCCCCUUCUUCCAAACCAUUUUUUGCUGCAGAUGUUAUCUUUUCCGGCGCCCAAAUCCCAACGACCGGUCGCGAAUCGGAAUUGAUUGAUUUCUUUCUAUUAUUUAUCAAUCACAAGGGGAGAUUUGUCACUGUCGAUAGGUAUGAGGCAUAUUAUGGUGAUUGUGUUGCCACGGUUACUGGGUUGGAUGCAGAUAGGCUAGGUUAUUUUGACAUUGAAGAUGAAAUAGAGAAGUUGGGAUAUGAAAACUGGGGUAGAAUAUGUUAUAAGCAUCGAAGAACACGUGAAUUUAAAGAUAUAACAGAUGAUGCUGGUGUUAUGGACUGUUUGGGUCAAAUGCAGGGAAACAAAAGAUAUGUUGAAAUAUAUGUGCAAACUGAACAAGAAAAGAAACCGUCUGGGGUUGCUGUGUGUCAACAAGAAAAUAAAUCUAGGAAUAGGGUAUCUAAAGUUGCUGAGGACUUCAUUCCAACAAUAGCUUUAGCAUCUUGUGCUCUUGGAAAGGCAAGGUAUGAAUACAAAAAUUCUCUUGCGAAAGAAGUUGAUCAAGAUUCAAGAGUUUUCGUGACUGGAAAUGGAAUUAUCACUUGA